CGCCCCGCUGGUCACCUGGUGGCAUGAUGGACCCUACUGGAUGACAAGAGCGAGAAGAACACCAGCGAGGUCACCCAGAACCGGUUGACCUUGCCCUCCUCACCCGCCAACACCUGUACCGGGUCAUUACCUGCCAGGCUGCCAACUCAAACUUGAGUCAUCCCUGCACACCUCCAUCACGCUGGACAUGAGCUUCCCGCCCUUGGAGGUGAAGAUACAGGGUCACAACUCGCCCAUGUCUGAGGGUAGACACUACUCCUUGAUGUGUGAGGCAGGAGGAUCACGUCCCCCUGCCGCCCUCACCUGGUGGAUGGAUGGCCUCCUGAUGACCACCGCUGACGACCAGGGGAUGAAGGAAGGCAACGUGAGCAGGACAACAGUUCACCUCACCCCCACCAGACACAACGACGGCGCUAUAGUCUCCUGUAGAGCCGAGAACUCCGAGAUGCCUGGAGCUGCCAUGGAGGACAUCAUCAAGCUGAGUGUCUACUACUCGCCAAGGCUACAGCUAAGGGCGGGGCAGAACUUGGUGAUGAGUAAUAUAAAAGAAGGGGACGAUGUUUACUUUGAGUGUGUAAUCCACGCUAACCCACCAGUCCAAGGUGUUCAGUGGUUCCUAAAGGGCAAGGAGCUACGUCAUGAUGUCUCCGCUGGGAUAAUAUUGACCAACCAGUCUCUCGUGCUGCAGAAGGUUGGUAGACAGUCUUCAGGUGACUACGCGUGUGCUGCCUCCAACACCCACGGCAACGCUACCUCCAAGAGCAUACAGCUGAGUGUUAAGUUCGCGCCCAUGUGCUCAGAGGACCAGAAGUUAACAUACGGCAGUGCCAGAGGUCAACAGGUGAACGUCAGCUGCCACGUCGAUGCCCACCCAGAAGCCCACACGUUCCGCUGGGCCUUCAACACGUCCACAGAGGUGGUACACAUCCCCAAGAACCGCACACACUUCCACCGCAACCGCAGCGUGAUGACGUACACACCCAAAACACAUCAUGAUUUCGGCACCUUGUUGUGUUGGGCGAGUAAUGACGUGGGCUCACAACCCCAGCCCUGUGUCUACCUGGUGGUACCUGCAGCUGUGCCUGAGGCUGUACAUAACUGCAGCGCCUGGCACAACGCCAGCGCCGCCGGAGAAGUGGUGGUGUCGUGUGAGGCCGGAUGGAGCGGCGGGCUGACGCAGACGUUCACGCUGGAGGUGCGACAGAUGCAGUCCUCAGGGGAGACGGGGGCCGUGGUGGCCUCCCUGGAACAGCUCACACAACCACACUUCACUGUGACGGGUCUGGCUCCCGGGGCAGAGUACCAGCUGUCUGUAGGUGCCUCUAACUCCCAGGGCGCCGCCCCUAACACUCUGCUCAUCCACCACACGCCUAUAGACGUCGCAGAGAAACGCACCAGUGCAGCCGCAGCGGAGUCCUUCGGCAUGGGUCUCGACUUCCUGACGAUGGUGCCGAUUGUGGCGGUGGUGGCGGGCGCUGUGGCGUCAGUAGUGAUCUGUUCUGUGGUGUUGGUCCUGGUGAUCCGCAGCCGCCUGCGUCGAGGCCAGAACCAUGCACACAGCCACGCCCACGGUUUCAGCCAACCCGGUGGUGUGUACGACAAGGCGGCGCCCCACAAUAACACGUGUGAUGACGGAGGCUUCGACACUGUUCACCGAGGACCAGACCUGAUACUGGUGAAGAGCGGGAGAGAAGAUAGAAAACGGCCAGGUAUUUCCCCCCUCACCUGCUCCCCUUCUACUGCUACUACCUUGAUGGGUGACCAACAGGUGGGCUCUUCGUCUACAGUCAAUAACCCUGCGAGGAUCUCCACUCCUAACGUCAUCCCUGCUAGGACUUCCACUCCUAGUGUCAUCCAUGCUAGGACCUCCACUCCUAGCGUCAUCCAUGCUAGGACCUCCACUCCUAGCGUCAUCACUGCUAGGACCUCCACUCCUAGCGUCAUCCCUGCUAGGACCUCCACUCCUAGCGUCAUCACUGCUAGGACCUCCACUCCUAGCGUCAUCCCUGCUAGGACCGAAACCAAUACCUCUGCCAGCACCAACCACAGAUCUUUGGUUAACCCUAGUACAGGAGCUAUGAUUAACCCUAGUACAGGAGCUAUGAUUAACCCUAGUACAGGAACUAUGAUUAACCCUAGUACAGGAACAAUGAUUAAUCCUAGCAUAGGCCCUGAUGUCAAAGGUUUGAGUUCAGGCGACGCUCUGAUGAACGCCGGCCCUGAAGCCCUUGUGAAUACGUCUGGCAACAGCGCCAUGUUUGAGAUGGGUAGUGGCGGUCCGCCCUUUGGUCGGAUAACUCUGUCUGGAGAUCCUCUGGAUAGCCGGAUGACUCGACCUGGAGGCCUUCUCGUUGAUGGCCGGAUAACUCUUUCAGGAGACCCUCUGGAUAACCGGAUGACUCGAACUGGGGACUUAUUAGACAGCCGGAUGCCUCGAUCUAGAGACCACUCCUUAGAAGGCCGGAUAGCUCGACCUGUUUCCGUAGCAUCUCCGGCCACACUGGGUCGUUACCACACUAGGGUGGGUCGCUCCGCCUCCUGCACAGGUCGGGGGGAUAUCUUUUCCUCGACCUCCACACUUCCUCGUCGUUCCUCCGCCAUCGACAUCCAGCCAGAGUUCUUCCCGCUCAACCUCAGCACCAGCAGGGAGAGCUGUGUCUAGUUCUGAGGUGAGAGAGAGAGAAAGAGAGUUCAAUCUUUUCUUAACAACAGUGAUGCGGUGGCAAAGUGGAUAAAACACUGCCCUUAGUCUCAAAGGUUGCUGGUUCACGGCCGAGACACUCCCAGUUGACUCACUUGUGAAGAGGUGCUUAUCUUUUACAAUUGAGGAAGUAAAGCAGCUGAGUGCAGUGCUGAAGGCUCACAGUAGUUUAUGUCGUGUUGCAACCUUACCACCACAACGGGUCACCGCCUCGACUGUGGGUCUCACUCUCAUUGUCACUCAGCAGUUGACUACAGUUAAUACAGAUCAUCUCUUGCUCCAGGUGAUUGGCCAGUCGCUAGUGAUCUACUGUGGUCCAGUGGCCUAUUGUGAUCCUAUGGCCUAUUGUGGUCCAGUGGUCUGUUGUGGUCCUGUGAUCCGUUGUGGUACAGUGGUCCAGAGGUCAGCUGUGGUCUAUGUUCUCCAAAUGUUCACCUGACCCAAAUGUUUUUUCUCCGUCGGUAUAAGGGAAAUUUAUAUGUAUAUAUCAUUAUUUUUUGUCCUGCGUUAAAAUGUUUCAUGGUGGAAAUAAUAAUUGGCAUUGAGAAUCUUAAUUAUUAUAUUCUGGGAGAGUUUUGUCGGGUUUUUAUGACGAAAUAACUUUAAUUUGUAUAUAUUUUUCAAGUAAUUUUUAAAGAUACGAGCUGUUGGUAUGACUAUCAUGGAGAUUUACAUAUAAAGAUUUAUAUAUAUAGACAUUUUACAUACGUUUCAGUAGUUUAGAUAUGAAUUUUCUUAAAAAAAUAUUGAAAAUAUAUUAAAAAUCAGAAUAACAAGGUACGACAAUAACAAUCAAUACACAGACAUACAUGGAUACAUACUCGUGUAGAAGCUUAUAUAACAUGGAAAACCCAGUAUAACUUGUGACUGGUGAAAACAACAGUGAUGACCAAAGAGGUUUGUUCUCACGCCACACAACUGUUGGAUAAUGUGUUUAUUUAUUAUUAACUGUGUGGCAGACGAGGGCCAUGUUCUCUACUGUACUGUAUAUAUUAGAGUGUUGUAUAUACUGUACUGUGUAUUGGUAUGUAUGUAUUAUGGCGACCUG